AUGGCUUACUACACGGUGGCACAUCUGCUCCACGGAGAGGACAACUUGGAUGGUGGGCAAGGAAGUCCCGCCAAAAUUCAGGCUGAGGACCUUACUGACGACGUGUGGGAUUUUGUUUUCCUCAACACGCCCUUGCCGAAAAAGAGCAAGAUUCCUCAGAAGACACUGGAGAAGAUGCGGAAAGAAUUCAGGUUUUGGUACCCCAUGGACCUGAGAGUAUCCGGCAAGGAUUUGAUUCAGAAUCAUUUGACUAUGGCUCUGUACAACCACGCUUGCGUUUGGGAGAAGGAGCCCGAACUCUGGCCGAAGAGCUUUUUCUGCAACGGCUGGUUGUUAGUCAACAACGAGAAGAUGUCCAAAUCGAAGGGAAACUUCUUCACAGUGGAGGAGAUCAUCAACAAUUACUCGGCAGACACGGUCCGACUUGCAAUGGCAAACUCCGGCGAUACACUGGAGCCAGCAAAUUUUGACCAGACAGUGUGUAACAAAGCAGUACUCACUCUGGCGGUCUUUUUGGAGACCAUGAAAGCACUUGUCAGCGGCAGCGAGCCGCUUGAUGCAGGUAACGAGAAAGCGCGUUUCGUGGACAAGUGGUUUGCCAACGAAAUGAAUCGCCUGGUGUUGGAGAGUAAGAAAUUCUAUGAGACGAUGUACUAUCGGGAAGCUUUGCGCACAUGCUACUUCGAGUUCACGUCCGUUUUCGAUCAGUAUCGUGACAUUUGCAAAGCUGCCAGCUGUCGGCCCAACAAAGCUUUGACCAUGCGGUAUCUGGAAUGGCAAAUGAUAACGCUGUCACCAAUUUGCCCGCACUUCUGCGAGCACGGUUGGUCCACCGUCCUUGGAAAGUCAGGAUCGGUGUUGGAUGCGAGGUUUCCAGCUCCAACAGCUCAAGUGGAUACUUCCCUGUCCAAUCAGGGUGACUACAUGUUCAACAAGGUGCCCCACGACUUCAUCAAGCUGCCUGGGGCACAGCAUGUUCUUGGACAAGUGUCUGCAAUUCCUCACUCGCCGUCAUCUCGUGAGCAGUGCUGGUCAGUCUAUCUAUGGGACGCUGCGAGCAGGCUGGAGAAAGCAACCAAAGCUGGGACGGCAAAGUCGGCCGUUGUCUAUGUUGCAAAGGAGUUCCCUGACUGGAAGAAGACGGUCUUGGCAAAGCUCAGGUCGCGACAGGGUGCCGGCAAGUUACCCCUGGUGUCUCAGGAAGACAUGAAGGCGAACCCGGAAGCCUCAGCGCAGUGGAAGGAAAUUAUGACAGAGCUGAUGCAGGACCCGUCGCUGAGAGCCUUUGGCAAGCAUUUGGGACCUUUCGCUGCUUUCAAACGAGACGAGGCUGCUGCAUUUGGAGCGAGUGCCUUAGAUGCAUCCUUACCGUUUGAUGAGCUGGCCCUGAUUGCCGAGAACGUGCCAUACUUGCAGCAGAAGUUGCAGGUGCAGGUGGAGGUGUGCUCAGCCGAGUCUGCCAAACCUGACCACAAGGAUGCGGCCGGUAACUCACAGCCUGGGAAGCCCGGCAUCCACUUCGAAAUUGAAAGCAGCAAGACAGGUGGUGGUGGUGGAAGUAAAGCGAAACCUGCAGAGAAGGCGACAAACGGCAAGGCUGCGCCAAAGGCUGCAGCCAAGGCAACCUCACAGUUGUUGCGUUAG